CCAAGGAAUAAUGGUUGUGCCAAAAAAGGCUGCGGCCACAUGCAGCCUAUUCGCAGAAUCAACUGCACCCAUUACGUGCCCAAGGACAAGGCCAUUAAGAAGUUCGUUAUCCGGAACAUAGUAGAGGCCGCCGCGGUCAGGGACAUUUCCGAAGCGAGUGUCUUCGACGCCUAUGUGCUUCCCAAGCUGUACGUGAAACUAUGUUACUGUGUGAGUUGCGCUAUUCACAGCAAAGUAGUCAGGAAUCGCUCUCGUGAAGCACGGAAGGACCGAACACCACUACCCCGAUUUAGACCUGCUGCUCCACGACCUCCACCAAAACCCAUGUAA